AUGCAAUUCAUCAAGCAGCUCGCGCUCGUCGCCCUCCUCGCCUCCGGCGCUGCCGCCCAAGUAACCUCGUUCCUGUCCAGCGUCCUUUCGUCCGACCUGCCCACCGGCACCCUGUUGUCUUCGCUCGAGUCGGCGGGCACGGGGGCGCUGUCGUCCCUCGCGUCGAGCGCUACCGCACCCGCGUCGAGCGCGCGGUCCGCCGGGAGCAGCGUCGCGGCCAGCGCGAGCAGUUUCGCGUCCAGCGCGAGCAGUUUCGCCGCGUCGGUGGCCUCCGCCGAGAGCAGCUCGGUCUCGUCGCUCAGCCGGUCGGGCUCGUCCGCGGCAUCGUCCAUAACUGGAUCUGGCAGUGGUACCGCCAGCGCUUCGGCCACCCAGACUUCGAGUCCUGCUGAUGCGGUCGAGGUCGCUCGGUACGGGUUGGCUGCUGCCGUCGGCGUGGCCGCGAUCGUCCUGGUUUGA